AUGAAUAAGACAAAAGGCACUUUCCAAAAAAAACUAACAACUCAAGAAUAUCCUGUAAAAAAAGGGAAAUGCAUAACGAAAAAUAAAAACAUUAAUAACAGUAAUAAUGAAAAACAUAACAAUACAGUGUUCCAAUUAAAUAAAAAUGAAGGGUGUAUAAAAGAAGAAGAUAACAUAGUUAGCAAAAUAAAAGAACUAAAUCUACAUUUAUUACAAAAUGAAGAUGAAAUAAAUAAUAUGAGACAGGAAAAUGAAACAUUAUCCUCACAAAUAAUUAAUUUUUCUAACAAAUGCAAAGAACUACAAUUCAUAUGUACGGAAAAAGAAAACGAAAAUAAUCGGCUAAAAGAAAACAAUCAAAUGCUAGUGCAUGAAUUAAAUAGAAUUAAAACAGAAAAAGAAAAAAUAGAACAACAAAAUAAACAUUUUGUAAAUAUAGACAAGAAUAAAAAUAUUGAAAUAACUAAUAUGAAAAAGGAUAUUUUUAUUUUAAAAAAUGAACUAAAUGAAAAAGAUAAUGAAAUAAGUAAUUUAAAUGAGGAUAUCAAAUUAUUGAAUGAAAAAAUUAAUAUUAUAAGCGAGGAAAAUAUAAAAAACAAACAAGAUGUAAAUGAUAAUAUAAAGAAGCAAGAUAAAAUAAAUGAGAAUGUAAAUGAAAAAGAAUUUCAAAUACAAUCAUUACAAGAUAAGGUCCAAAAAUUAAACAAAAUUAUUAAAGACAAAAAUGAUGAUAAUGAUAAAUGUAAAAAAAAAAUAUUGCAGCAGAAUGAUAAACUUACUUAUCUAAAUAAUAAAAUACAAAAUAUAGAAAAAAAACAAGCAGAUGACAUAGAAAAAAUUAAAAAGUAUACAGAAAAAAUUAAACUUAUAAAAAAAAAAUAUAACAAUAAUAAACGACAAGAUCAAACAGAGGGAAACAAAAUGGUUGAUCACAAAAGGCAACAGGAGGAUGCUAUAUUUAAUUCACAGUUUUAUAAUGUAAAUAAAAAAAAUAAAGACAAAAAAAUUAACCAAGUUACAAAUAUUCAAAGUCAUCAAAAUAGUUUUCUAACAAAAUCAAAAGACAUAAACAAAGAGAAAAUCAAUAUAAGCAGUAAUACUAGCAGUAGUAGUAAUGACAGUGAUGAUAACGAAAUUCAGAGUACUCAAAUUGUUAGUUUCUCCGAAAAGUAUAAUAUAAAUAAAAAUAUGAGGAAAGGAAAAGAUACAAACAAAAUAUAA